AUGAAGCACAUGGAGAACAUCUCCAGCCUCUUCCAGGGCGACUACCAGCGGCCGGAUCCCAAAUCGGAGGGGGAGGCGGUGGCCGCUCCCGGGGAGCAGCCCUGGGAGAUGAUCAUGGACAAGAAGCACUUUAAGCUCUGGCGGCGGCCGAUCGAGGGCACCCACUUGUACCAGUACCGAGUGUUCGGGUCCUACACGGACGUGACUCCCAGGCAGUUCUUCAACGUACAGCUGGACACGGAAUAUAGGAAGAAAUGGGACUCGCUGGUCAUCAAAUUGGACGUGAUUGAGAGAGACCUGGCCACGGGGUCGGAAGUGAUUCACUGGGUCACUCACUUCCCGUACCCCAUGUACUCCCGGGACUACGUGUACGUCCGGCGGUACAGCGUGGACAAGGAGAACAACCUGAUGGUGCUGGUCUCCCGGGCCGUGGAGCAUCCGAGCGUCCCCGAAGACCCCGAGUACGUUCGGGUCAGAACCUACGAAUCCCAGAUGGUGAUCCGGCCCCACAAAACCUUCGACGAGGU